AUGGUUGCAAACUCCACAAACAUAAGCAAGAAACUCUUCCGGACGCAGAAGCUCAUCACUGCCGGCAUUCUUGCUGUUUUGAUUGUGUUUUUAGUCAUUUUAUCUGUGUCGUCCCACGAGCAUUUGAAGAAUACUGAGUUAUUCAAGCAAACAAAUGAAAAGUUAAAGAGCUACUACAGUGAUAUCAAAGACAAUGUUGGCAAGCCUGAAGAUGUCUUGGAAACUGAGGCACAAAUUCCCGACCAAGUGCAAGAGAAACUCCAUCCUGGUGAUGGUGAAGGUGCUGCCAAACAGUUGAAUGAAGAAAUGAAUGCUUUGAUUGGUGAAAAGGAAAAGGAUUAG